GUUGUGCACAUGCGCGUUGUGCAAUCUACCGGAGCGCGAGAGGUAGGGAAGGGAGUCCUAAUGGCGGAGACUGUACGGUCGCCUUUUGACUACCGGGAACCACCGACCCUCGACAGCGACGGUGAUGGGAGCAAACCGCCGCCGCCACGGGGGUGAGUAAUCUCAGCCAGCCGCCGGUUUUGUCGCCGCGCGGAGCUGUUUCCACCGGGGAUUCGGGAGCAAAAAAAAUGCGAGAGCUCGAGACGCACGCGCUGGGAGCGUGCGCGUGUGUUUAGUUAACGCUCAGAGCCUUUAUUCGCGUGCGUGUAUCCAGCGUUAUAUUGCAGAAUAUGAAGCAGAAAACGCGAUUUCAUUGAGGCUAGCGGUUGCAGCUGUUGUGCCCAAAGAGGCUGCGUCUUCUAAAAUAAGCCUCAUUUGUCGUUUGACCGUUUUUCUCUUAAUUUUGAUGUUUUGAUUAGAGGGGAGCCUCAGCGUUAGCCGCUAACAAGCUAACCGUUAGCAUGCAUGUUAGCAUGGACCCAGCAACAAUCAGCAGCUUUAAACUAGCAGCUCUCCUGUUUUUAUCACAAUCAUGUGGAUUUCUUAAGAUUUCACAGCCUGAAUCUGUCUGUUGGUAAAAUCAUGCGAAUAUGUAUCAAUUUGCUCUGAAAUUUUGGCUGCUUGGUGCAGAUCAUGACUCGUGGCUUGUUUGGCUUUGAGUAAACAAAGUUGCUGACUGCUGACAAAGUGCAUCCUAUCACAGGUGACAGCCACUGGUUUACUGAAUAAAUGACACAGUUGUGCUUAUCAUUGCUCUUUAAAUACAUCUAUACAGGCUGACGUGUUUGGAUAUAGGGGUGGAGCUAUAUGGGGUAGGUUGAUUAGAAAAAUUAUAAUGAUUUCAUGCAAAAAUAGUGUCCCCACGAGCUGAAUUUUAACAAAAUAUAUGUAAGUAAAUCGUGGUCUAAAUCUGAAUAUUAAAUCAGUGAUAGAGCUUUACUUGGAUUGCUAUAUAGACCCAUUGCUAACUAACAGUGGCGCAUCCAGGGGGUCACUGGGGGUGGCCAGGGUCACCUCUGAAAUCUGAUUGGCCACCACGGUCAGUGCGUUUACAUACACAACUUAGACGGACUAAGCUCAUAAUUCGUUUUUUUUUUUCACUCCUUGCCCACACAUACAUGCAGCUGAGGAAAUUGAAUUAUUGACGUGAACGUGCCCUCCUCCCCAAAACUAAGGGGCGAUAUGAGUCUUUUCAGGAUCAGAAGUGGCUACAACUGCUGCUGGGCAUUUUCGUACAGCAUUGUUUUUGUCGUCCAUGAUGUAUAUGCUACUUCCUUUGCAUAUUAGAUGCACACUACUCCUUUUCUCUGAUGUUUUUGUUCCGGGGUUAUGGGGGCCUUGCGCACACACACACACAUUGUCCGAUCAUACUCCGACUACACUGGUUACAUGGUAGAGAAAAUCGAAUUCCAAUCGCAUUGUCUGGGUGUCUUAAUCUGAGUUCUCUGACUCCAAUCAGAGUUCUCAAAUUCCGAUUGUAGUUGGUCCUAACCAGACUAAGGUGUUUACAUGCACUUAAAUUGUCUGGUCUUAAUCAGAGUAAGGCAACAAUUUGGUUUUCUCGAAUGUCAUGUAAACGUACUGAGUGAGAGCUAUGAUAACAAUAUAAAAAGGUAGGCAAUCUAAAACAACAUAAAUUGUGCCUUAACAAAGUUUGUACAUUGAAAUUUUGUCAACAUGUGUGGACGGGUAAAUAUUGUCCUUAACUGAUUGUUAAAGUUAUAGCAGGUGCAGAUGGUGUAUUAAAAGGUUUUGCUUGCCUCACGUUUGUGGAUGAAGCGAGGAACGCCUUUCAACUUAACGACCAUCACCAUCGCCUCUUUAAUAACAAAUAUUAGGGGGUGGGAGAAAAAAAUCCAUUCACAUAAAUAUCGCAAUUUUUUGUUUUACAAUUUUUAAAUCAAUGGUUUUGUUCAAAAUCGUUUUUUUUUUGUUUUUUUUUAAAUUUUAAGAAUAAAUCUUAAAAACUGACUUUCAUGUAAUGUGUAUUUUUUGGGGAAAUAUGGUUCCUGGAAUAUUCAGUAGACAAUCAUAAUUAUUCAACUGUGUCACUGGCGUUUAAAAUGCAGAUUAAAAAUUGAGAAAAUCGACAAUAUCCUGGAAUCACAAUUUAAAUCAAAUAGGCAUCCAAAAAAUCUUAGAAGAAUCGAAUCUGGAGAAAAGCAUAUCGUCCCAGUCCUAAUAAAUACCAAGUUCAAUAAUCACGUGCCUGGCUGUGUCAAUUAAAACAAAAACGUUAGAAGCCUUUUGAUAGUAGAUUUGAUGUGAGGUCACAGGGUCAUUUAUCAGAUGGUACAAAUGAGGACUUUAACCUUUUUCUAUAUUUGUUGAGGCUGUAAUUGGUAUUAAUAGCUGCACAAAUCACAUAUCAGUCAGUUUCUGUUGAUUUUAUAAAAAGCUGACAUAUGGUUAUAUUUCAAGUCUGUUGCAUUCAAUUUCCAAGAAUGUCUCUUUUGAAUCAGUGGAAGACACUUGAGUGAAGGCCAACAAAAACACCAUUAUCAGAUCUCUGCCAUCACUCCUCGAGUAAGCACUUUAAAGGCUUUAUGUUAUUGUGGAUGAGUCACUCACCUCAAAGAAAUGUUAUGUGAACAGGUUCAAAAGAGGCUUCUCCAAAUGUAGAGCAUGCCCUGCUUACCUGCCUCACCACCUCCUUGACAUAUCUCCAUAUAAAGACUCUUGAGCACCUUCUCUUUUCAAUGUAUCAUUAUCUUUUACAGCCGGGUGUGUGGGAGGAAAAGGAAGGGGACACCUGUGAAGGUGUGCGACCGAGCGUAUGUAACAGAAGAUGAGGAGGAGGAGAGCAUGUCAGAACACAGCUACAGCCCUGGUAUUUAUAGAAACACAAGCACACACACACACCCCUUUUUGCCACCUGCUACUUGUGGUGUUUUCUUUGAUAUAUCUGCAUAUAGAAAACAAGUGCAUCAUGGUAAUUUAACACUGUUUUGUUGUAAGGGAGCCUUGUAAUUUGUGAUAAGACAGUUCAGAUGUGCUUGAUUCAUACUCACCAAUCUUGUUCAGGUGAUAGCCAGUAUCCAGAGGGUGCGGAGGACCGCCUCCCUCCGCCUGGCAGUCCCUAUUACCUGUCUGAUCCCACUCAGCUCUGGUAAGACCUUUCCUGUAACUACUGUGCUCUUUUUAUUGAAUAGGAGAUCCUUGUUUCUGACACCAGUUACUGUUUACAGUGUACCAGAGCUGGGAGAGGAGGGGGCGAGUGGGGUCAGGGGGCCUGUGCUCUUUCAUCCACCACCAAACUGUCGGAUUCGGGAAGUCCACUGUGGGACCCAGGUGCGACUGGUUGUCAUAGCAAUCCGAGACAUUGCCAAAGGGGAGGAGAUCACAGUGGACUACAGCCUAACAGACUGGGGCGAGAAUGCAAUGGUGAGCUAUCUACCAAAUAGUCAUUUCAAUAAAGUCAUUUUCAAUAAACAACAUCGGUCAACUAGUAGUUCUGACGUUAGCUAGUUGGCCAUCAGAUAAAUAUUUUAACUGAAAAUGUCUUCUAAUCUUGUCCGUGAUUUUUGUUGUCAUUUGCCUUUUUUGGGGGCACUCAUGUAAAUGUGUGAAAAAGCCCUGGAAUGACCACAGUGUGUCAGAUGAUUGAGGUUGAUACAACAUUUGACCUUGAACACAUCAUGAAUUAAAAGUGAUAAUAUUUAAACUCCCAAUUCUUAAUAUGACACCACAAGAAAGUACGAUAUUAGAUAGAUAUUAGAUUAGAUAUACAUUGGUGAACAAUGUUAAAAAUCAGCAUAGCAGAGUGAUGUUGUGAAAAGCUAGACUCCAAUUGAAAGCAGAUAAAAGAAUUUUCAUUUUAGAAAAAGCAGCAAAAAGAAGAAUCUUUAAACAAAAAUAAGGACAGGUUUAUUACGCAGUUGAGCUUUCAAAGUUUGUUUUAAUUUGAAAAUCUGUCUAACCAGGAAGAAGAGGCUGGCCCCCACCCCCUGUCCCUCUCUGUUUCGGAUUACCUCACCCCCUCCUGGUCUCUGUCACCCUCCUCCUCCCCUCUCACCCACUCUGAGCCCAGUGAUUCUGACCGGGAGGAGGACGAAGAAGAGGAAGAUGAUGAUGAUGACGACGACGAUGAAGAGGAAGAGAUAGAGGAGAUAAGGGGUCGUAUGCUUCGGCGCCGCAAGAAGCGCAAGAUGCCCGCUGUGGUUAAUUCAAAGAAAAAGAGUGCGCCAACUGCCUCAAGGGGACCUGGGCGUCCUUGCUCCUCCUUCUCCCGCCCAGCGCCUGUCACACCCCCUGCUAGAUCCCAGUCCCAGCCUCCUGCCAGCUCUCUGGCAACUCCUACGACCAACAUCAACAACAACAUCAACAUAAACAUUGGUAGCUCCAGCAAUGCCACAGUAAGCCGGCGGCAGCACUGCCCGUACUGCGGACGCCAUUACCGCUCUCUGGCGCGCCACCUGGAGAAGCACCAUGCCAACCAGCCAGAGGUCCGGACGGCUAUGGAGCUGGCACACAUGCACAGCACCUCAAACGGAAACGCCUCACACCCCCACCCAUCUUCCUCCACCUCCUCUGCUUCUCACCCUCAUUCCUUUGCUGUCCCCCAGACUUCUGCCCCCAACCCUUCUCCCCCCUCGCUCUUCGCAAGGGAGAGGGAGUCACCAGCCACGCGUUCAAGCACAGGCGGCGUCUCCUUCUCCCUCUCACUCUCACCCUCGUCUUCAAAUCAGCCCGCAGCCUCCAAGAAGGCGCCCAGCCUAUCUGCGCCACCGGCGAAACGGCCCACACCGACUCCGAUGGUGUCACGGGUAAAAAGCCCCUCGCCGCCUCCCCCGCCCACUCCCAGAAGGGGUCGGAGGAUGAAGAGAGAGAAGCAGGAGGAACCACAAAAGGUGGAGGUGGAGAGUGUGAGGAAUCAAGAGGAACUGGCUCCGCCUCCUACUCCUGAGCCAGAUGUGGAUCCAGAGGAGGAUCUGGAGCUGAGUGGGGAGGGGGAAGAAGAAGCACCAGAGGAGAAGAAUGGAGAGAUUGCAAGGUGUGGUUUAGAGUUAUUUUUCCUUGAACGUUAGUACAUGGAUUGUAAAAGUACACACUCUUUACUCAGGUAGAACUAUCAGGGGUGUUCCUCCAGACUUGUUAAUGAUUUUUUGGAGUUUGUGGUGAUUUGUGUUUUUGUCUUUUUCUUUCCAACACCAACAGGCACCACAUGUCCCCCCUGCUCUCCUCCCUCUCCUGUUUAGUCCUCUACCUCCGCCGCCAGCAGCACUCCUCUUUCCUGUCUUUAACCCGCUCUCCUCACUCCGCUGAGGCCUGGCGCCUGCUCUGCCAUUCCAGCCUCUCCCUGCUCAUCCUCUACAACCGCCACAGAGAAUGUGAAGUAGCCAAACUGACCAUCCAAGACUACCGUAACCGUACCACCCCUCAGUCCGGUUCAAGCAGCGGCCCCCCCUCUGGCACGGAAGCUCUUCUGUCUCCCUUUGAGCGCCACGUCCUCUGUCACCUCCCGCGGGCUGGCGUUCUGGGCAAACGUGGUCGCAUCCAGCCGCUAAUUCUCCCGCCACACUGUGAGUCCUGCCUUGACCUCCUUCUUCAAACCAGUCCUAAUGUGGGCGUGGAUCCCGAGAGCCCCUUUGUCUUUUCCCGGCCCUACCACUCUCCUGCCACACCACUUCGCGGCACGGACCUUCUGAGAAACCUGGCGCGUAGCAGUGGUGCCAAGAACCCAGGACCGCUGACAGCAACACGUGUGCGACGGCAGGUAGCAAUACUUACUCAGCUGCUGUUAUUAGAGGAGGGCGAAGGCCAGGGAGGAGCUACAAAGCGGCUGGAAGACUUCCUGGAAAGAGAGUACCAUGUGACCCAGAACUGUUCCUCUAUAGUUCGGGAUCCAGCACUGAUGGGCCGUGUGGGCCGUGUUGUCCUGUACGGAGAGAGGGAGGGUGUGCUUUUCAGAGGGAUGAGCUUGCAGCACAUCUGCCUUGAGUUGGAUGGUAAGGAGUUACAACUGGAGGUAUUUCAGGCAUGCAGUGUUCAAUUCAGUGUGUAUGCUCUGCUUCUUAUGAGCUUUUUCUCGAAAGAUAAACCCUCAGCAACCGUUUAAAAUGAUUCAAAGUAAAUACACAGUACAUACUCUUCAUUUGGAAGAACACAUCAUUGAAAAAAUAAGGGCCUGUGUCCACUAACAUCAUUUUUUUUGUAUUGUCAGCGCUUAUUUUCUAUACAAAACCAAUACAGUUUAGCAUUUUCAUCAUUGUCAAUGUCAGUAGUGUCAACCCACAUUUGUUUUUUUGGAGGCUGAAUUUAUAAAGCAGAGUUGCUUCUACUGCUACAUGACAAUUAAACUGUUGCAGUGGUUUCUUUGUAAGGCCACUUCAAAGUAAGGAAAUAUGAAGCUUGUAGAGCAUUUUUAGACAGACUUUAAAAGAAAUGAUCAAUAUCAACAGCAGGGUUAGUGGCAGAUGUCGUUUAACUUAGAGGGGUGUUGUUUUAGAGUGCAGUAUUGUCAAACUAAUCUGGGAAGCAGUGUUACGUGCGCAGCCAUUCUUUGGCGUUAAACACUCAUUUCCUAGAAACUGGUUACCGUUGUGGUUGCCAGGUUUGUUUGCUAAUGGUGACUGCCUAAGACAAAGUCUGGCACAUUGCUCAUAACCCGACUAUGACUGUGUGUACUUUAUGAAUGAACAAGACAUGAAGAGCAUUUCCAGUAUAAACAUAGAGGAUAGCAGACUGGCCGCUGACUGUAGCGUUGCAUUUAGCAGAAAAACAGGAGAGUGAUGUUACUUUUCUCAGGCAGAAUUUUUCCAACAAAUGUAGACAGCUAUGAGACACAACAUGGCUUGGGAUGUAACACAUUUUUGAGGCCUGUUUUUUGGCUGCCGAACACAAUGAGGGGUGUACUCAGUCAUCUGUUUAAUUAAAUAAACUUAUUUUUUGCAGCUCCCUUUGUGCAAAAUAGAUUGUACAUGAGCUUUAGAUUGUCAAAGAAUAUUUAACUCACAGAUUUUUCUUCCGAGCACCAAUUUACAAAGAAAACAACUGUAGUGGGGCCCUCUUCUAUUUUUGGGUGAAUGUGCUCUGUUUUGUCCGUCCUCCAGUUAUGUCCGGAAACUCUGCAGAAUCUUUCUCAGAAGAUUCAGAGGCAGAGGAAGUAAAGGAGGAAGUCAAAGAGAAAGCUGAAGUAACUGUGAAGAAGAAAGGACCAGGACGACCGCCAAGGAAGAAGAGAGCACCCGCUCCUCCCCCAGUCAGCCCGGUGAUCGCCAAUGCACAUAAGAGGAGGUGUAUUCCACAAAAAUCAGGUCUGUGUCUAAUAAUUUUAGUUUGGCUUGUAAAGAUGCGGAAAUAUCUUCAUAAUUUUGAGCCUAAUGCUUCUAUUUCCAUUUAUUUACCAUUUGUUCCAGGAAAGCGUGGUGUGCUAAAGCGCCCCUGGUCAGAGGCUGAGCGUGUAGCCGUGGAGACCCACCUAAAGCGAAACCUCAUGGAGCUGCGGGUCCCAGCGAAGGCGGAUUGCGAGCGCUGCCUCGAGCUCUGCCCAAUGCUAGUAAGCAACCAGCGAGACUGGAGGGCGAUCAAAUUUUACGUCCACAACCGUAUCCAGCUGCUAAAGAAGCAGGGGAGAAGGGAAAGCGCUGCGGGGAACUGUUAAGGGCCUAAAAAGAGACGUAGCACAGGACUCAUACCAUAAUGUAUAAACCACCAGCAAUCAUAAAGUAGAGAAAAGGUCUUUGCCAUGGUGGAGUGGAGCUCCUCUCAUUUUCUAAGAUAAGCUAAGAAGUUGCUCCAGUUUAAAAUCAUCCAUUCUCAGUGUUAAUGCUCAGUGUCUGUUUCCAGGUGUAUUUUUAAGUAUUUUGACAAGGUGUACCUAAGUGUGAAUAUGAGUUCAUACCCAGUGAAUGCUUCUUUUUAAACUUAGUUUAUAUCGGAGUUGUUCCCAUACCAAUAUCAGUGACGGUACUGACCUCUGGUACAGCCUCAAAUGCAACGGUUAACAUUGAGCAAGCUUGUUAAUGUGCAGAUGUUAGGAACGGGAUUAUCAUUCCUUCUAAACCCAACUGCUUUUAGGAAAGUUCUCAUGUCAAGAUAGCUAACAACAAGGCUAGCAGAGAGUGCAAUGAGAGUCAAAGCUAGCAAAAAUUGCAAGCAGAUUUACCUCUGGUAAAGAAAACCCACUUUGGUAUUCCGCUCUAUCUGACGGGCUUUAAGUAUCUGAAGAAAAAACUGGUAUAGGAACAUCUCUUUUUUUAUGUCAUCUUAUCAGAAAGUUGGCUGUGGACAGCAGGAGAAAAAAAAAAGUGAUUUUGAAAAUCAGUGUCUCGAUGAAACAGUUAUAGGGGGUCGCGGUGCACGCUUUAAACCUUGAGGACACCAAGGCAAAUUGUCCUCGGUUUCGACUGCACCCCCUGAAAGCUAAUGACCAAACAUGAAUGUGUAAAGCUCUGGAGGGAGGAACUAAUGGUUGUGAAUUUUUAGAUAGACUUCCGUGUCUACAUGAUUGAGACAUGUAUGAACUUGUAUAGUAUGUGUUCGAUUUACUCUGGCAUUGUGCCCCCAACCAAUGAGUGCAUUGAGGAGUAUCCUCAAGAGUCUUGGACCAUGAUGCACCUGUGAAGCGGUUCUGUCCUAUCCCUCAUACCAUGAUCAUUGUCAGACUAUUAUGUAUCAAGGCACGUCUACUUGAAUUUAUUGUGUAUCAGAAUUUUAAAAAAUUUAUUACAUUUGGUCUUAUUCACAAUGUAAAUACUUCCUAAUCUAUGAAAAGUAUACAGUAGUGAUGACAAAGUUAGUAUUGUGUUAUUGUGUAUAUACUGUAAAUACUACCUGUACUUAUUAAAGUGUAUGACAUUUUGCUGUGUUUCUGAAAAUUGACUGUAAAUGAAGUUUUACAUCGUGGACACAGUGAGACAAAAAAAAAGAGAGAAAUAAAUACAGGAUCCCAUAACAA